AUGGCAACUGCGAUCUCUAAGCCCACGUCUCAUCCCCCCAAGAUGAAGCUGCCGCCCCCGCCUUUCGUUCAACCCGGGGUCAAUGGGGUUAAGUCUCAACAGUCCUUGACCUCUCCACAGUCCACAUCUAAACGCCUUCCGGGCCAAAGCCAAUCCACAUUGACAGGCUCUACCGGUGGUCCAGUCACGAGCGGCGCAGCUGAUGCGAGUGGCGCCCCGAAUAAGGGUCCCUUGAACCGAUCCAAGAAGGAUGCGCAAAAGCCUGGCGAACAAUCUGCUCGAUUGCAAAGGUCAUUGGCCAGGAAUUUGUCGACGGAGAAUGAUCGCUGUGCCGUCGCAUCCUCUCCUGAGCCAUUUGUACAAACGACAUCCCAUAUCCUCAAGAAGUUUGCAAAGUCACCUCCGUCCCUAAUCGUACAUCUCCAUCCGACUCAUUUCCGGUUUGAACAACAAGAUGGAAGCUUCCCAUACAAUUCUGAGAUGAAAGUGAUCAUCGAACAUAUUCGUGCUGGCACUGUCCCCCAUGAUAUGAUGGAAGAGCUGCUGCGGGCCAAUGUGCGAUUUUACGACGGCUGUCUUAUCGUUCGUGUGGUCGACCACAAGUCAGUGUCGGCACAGACCAGGAAAUCGACCACUCCAUCGUCGAAUGAAAACAACACCCCUUUCUCGAUUCAUAAUUACAACGAGCAUGUCACUCCUUCAGCCUAUGUGCCAUAUCCAAAACAGAACCAAUUGACGACUGAAAAGCCGGUCUCCAAGGAGGCCACAGUGGGAAGUCAGUCGGAUGUGAAGACCAACGGAGAGCAAUUCGACGACUCCCGGAAUCAGACCGAAGAAAAUGAGUCUAGCUCUACUCAACAAAAACAGCCUCCUAAACCUCGAGUCUUCACAACUGUCCUCCAUCCAACUCCUCGCUCACUACAGGCGGAGCUGACACUGCUUGCGACUACGCCUGAUCCAAAGGCACCAAAACCAUCAACACCGAACCCAGCUUCUCGUGUUCAAGGAUCUACUUCUAUGGCCCCGCCGUCUCCCGGAGGGACAUCACAUCAGCCUGAGCGCGGCCAUGUUGCAAAGAGACAAAAAAUGCUGGUUGAGCCGCAGGAUCUCCUUGAAUGCGAAGCCAAGCUGACGAGAGCAUUGGCACCACCUCUAUUUUUGGAGCCCGUUGAAAGCUUCGAUGCUGUACAAGAUUUGCUUAAAUAUAUGGAGAGUCCUCUAAAUAACAACCCGCCGCCUUCGCCGAAGAGGAGGAAACGAACGGUGGCGGAGCUUGCUGCUGACGAGGCCUUGGCAGCCGAGGAAGAACGAUUCAUGCUUAUCAUGGAUGAGCGAUUGGAGCCGGCUACUUCUGGUGGUACGGGAGGUCCUAAAUCUGCAGUUGUGGAUGAUACUGGAGGUGGUGCGCCUUUCGAGCCACGAUUUUCGCGCUUUAAGACACUCGAGAACAUUCGGAUGCAACACGAGGAGAAGGCCAAACGCGAACAUGAAAUUAAACUUAAGCAAGAAAUGGCCAAGAGGCAGCAACAGGAACAAGAAAGAGAAAGGCGCCGUGCUCUGGAGCAACGCCAAGCCGAGGAGCAUGCCAAGGAAGAAGCCCGAAGGCAACAUCUUGCAGCACAACAACAAGCUCAGGCACAGCUGGCAGCACAACAGCAGAAUCGACAUGUUAUGGCUCAAGCUAAUGGAGUCAGCCAGGGUCCACAGUCGUCACCAGUUGUUCGUAAUCAAACGCCUCACAAUACGUCAUCACCUCUGGUUGGCAGUACUAUUGGAACGCAGGCGGGUGUCCCGAUGAGCAUGACAUCCUCCAUGCAGGGCGCUGGGAGCCCUCCAAGGCCUCCAUCCGCAUUGCAACAUGCCCAUCCCAAUGUUAUGAGCCAUCCAAUGGCGCCGUCAAGGAGUCAACAGGGGCAAAGUCGGCACGGAACACCCCAAAUGGCACAGGGAACGCCAGCUCUGUCACAUGCCACUCCUAUUAUGCGAAACGUUACUCCCACGCAGCGCAUGAGUCAUGCAAGCCCGAACCGGUCGACAAUGGCCGCUACUCCCGUGAUGAAUCAGGCCGUGGCAGGAACUCCGCAAAUGAGCGGUGGCAUGGGCCUUACGCCUCACCAGCAGCAGAUGCUGAUGCAACAACGACAACAACUACUUGCACAGCAAGGACAUCUUGGGCAUGGGCAGCUCACGCCACAACAAUUUGCUCAAUUGCAGGCCAACGUACAUGCACAACAGAACAUCCAGUCUCAUCAACAACAAAUGCUGCAGGCUCAGCAGCAAAACCACCAGCCCCAACAGCAAAAGAUUCAAAAUCCUCAGGCAUAUCAGUCUCAGCUGAUGCGAGCUCAACUUGCUCAACUACAGAUGGCACAGCAGCAGCAACAGCAGCAGCAGCAGCAGUCACAUCAGCAACAGCAACAACCUCAGGGUCAACAACAGCCACAGGGCCAACAGGGACAACAGGGCCAACAGGGUCAGAUGCACCAGGGGGCCCCUCAAAUGAACGCCCAACAGCAACAGAUGUUGAUGGCAGCUGCUCAAGCCAAUGGUGGCCAUCUUCCACAAAACAUGCAGGGGGUUAAUAUGGCGCCGGGCGCGAUGGCCCAGCGAUACACCCAACUUUAUCAACAGCGCUUGUUGCGUUUAAGGCAGGAAAUGACUACUCGUUUGAUGGCGGACUAUGGCCCACCUACCCAGUAUCCCCCGCAGCUUGCGCAGCAAUAUAAUGCUGGGCUUGAACGAAAUGCGAAAGCCUGGGUUCAUGAACUUAUUCGGCAAGAGCGUAGUGCUGCUCAGCAACAACGGGCCUCACAGGUUGCUGCCGUACAAGCUCAAGUGAUGCAACAGCAGCAGCAACAGCAACAGCAAAACAUGAUGCAGAACGGAAUGGGAAAAUAG